AUGACCCUGUCUCUCCAGCAAGCACAAGAGCUGUACAGGGACGCGCUGGCCGGGGGACAGAGCUCGUUCUUGCUGCAGCAGGGGGCCGGGGGUGAUGUUUUCAGCUGCUCCCUGGGUAACUUGCCCCCCGGGGAGGAGGCGGCGCUGACCCUGCGCUACGUCUGCGAGCUGCCGCUGGAGCCUGACGGGGCCACCCGCUACCUGCUGCCGGCCAUGCUGCGCCCCCGCUACACGCCCCAUGGGUGGGACGGGGAGGACGUCACCCAGGGGGUCCAGCGGGUACCCCCAGGGGAGCUGCCCUACACCCUGAGCCUGAGCAUCACGCUGCAGUUGCCCCACGGCAUCGACCGUGUGCUCUCCAACUGCUCCCUCACCCCCCUGAGCUACAGGGCUGGGAACCAGACCACCGCCCAGGUGUCGCUGGCCCAGGCGCCCCCGUGGGACCGAGACAUGGAGCUGCUGGUGCAUUACGCGGAGCCGCACAAACCCAGCGCGGUGCUGGAGGCUGGGCUGCCCGAAGUGGAGCCAGGCUCCCUGAUGGGUGACCCGGCUGUGAUGGUGACCCUGCUGCCCAGCCUGCUUGAGGCAUUGCCUGGCCAGAGCUUGGCCGGGGAGUUCAUCUUCCUGCUGGACCGCUCCGGCAGCAUGGCGUGCCCCAUGGACGGCCUAGACUACUCGGCCCAGCGCAUCGACAGCGCCAAGGAGACCCUGGUCCUGCUGUUGAAGAGUUUGCCCCUGGGCUGUUAUUUCAACAUCUAUGGCUUUGGGUCUUGGUUCGAGUCCUUCUACCCGCAGAGCGUGGGAUACACCCAGCAGACCAUGGCCGAGUCCCUGCAGCGCGUCCAGCAGCUCCAGGCUGACCUGGGGGGCACCGAGAUCUUGGCACCGCUACAAGCCAUUUACCGCAGCCCCUGCCUGGAUGGGCACCCACGCCAGCUCUUUGUGUUCACGGACGGGGAGGUGAGGAAUGCCCAGGACGUCAUCGCUGAGGUGCAGCGUCACCGGGGGGCCCACAGGUGCUUCUCCUUUGGCAUCAGGGAAGGGGCCUCCAUGGCUCUGGUCAAAGGCAUCGCCCGGGCAGCAGGGGGCAGCGCCGAGUUCAUCACGGGCCAGGACCGCAUGCAGCCCAAGGCCCUGCAGUCUCUGAAGCGGGCCCUGCAGCCGGCCGUGACUGGGAUCUCGCUGAGCUGGGAUCUGCCCCCUGGGAUGGAGGCGGCGCUGCUGGGCUGGGGCCCUGAGGUGAUCUUCCCUGGGCAGCGGUGCCUCAUCUACGCCCAGCUCCGCGGGCAGCCCCAGCCCUCAGACACUGCCGUGGGGGGCGUCACCCUGCAGUACUGCAUCCAGGACCAGACCUACAAGGAGAUGCUGCAGUUCCCCCUGCAGCCACAGGAUGGAGACAGGCUGCCCAUUCACCGGCUGGCAGCCAAGUCACUGCUGCUGGAGCUGGAGGGGGCCGUGGACACCGGGUCGGAGGGGGACCGGCGCCGGGUGCUGGAGACCAGCCUGAGCUUGGGGGUCGUCUGCUCCCUCACGGCCUACGUGGGGGUGGACACAGAGCGGGGGCAGCCAGUGCAGGGGCUGCUGAAUGCCGACGGCUCGUGGGACCUGGACCCCAGCUGGCCGCCGCGCUGGGGGUGA